CUACUACUCGGACACAUAAACACACACUCCACAAUGUCUAACGUCGACUCUCGUGUGGCCGCUGUGCUGGAUCGCAGCAACCAACAUGACAACUCCGACGACGAAGAUGCUCUCAUCGCCGAGCUGGAAGAAGACGAGUCUUCGCUCGCUGCCUUCCGUGAACAGCGAUUGCAGCAGCUGCAUGGCGAACUGGCUCGCGCAAAGGCUCAGCGCAACUCUGACUACGGCACUUACACCGAGAUUAAGGAUGAGAAGCAGCUCAUGGACAUCACCACGUCAAACAAGUUGUGUGUCGUCCACUUCAUGAAGCCUGACUUCAACCGCUGUAGAAUCAUGGACCAGAAGCUUGCCGUGAGCCUCUCCACUGUAUCGNCAUUGGCCCCCAAACAUUUCGAUACCCGCUUCCUCAGCAUCAACGUCGAAAAUGCCCCUUUCCUCGUCGUAAAACUUAAAAUUCAGGUCCUGCCCUGCGUCCUCUCCUUUAUCGACGGCGUUAGCAGUGACAGAAUUGUCGGCUUCGAAGGCAUUGGUUACAAGCCCGAUUCGUUCACUCUGCAGGAGCUGGAAGCGCGUCUUCUGUAUGCAAAGGUUCUGGUCAGAAGCAAAAUGGUCGACGAGGAUGAGCAUCGUUCGGGUGCUGUGCGCUCGGCCAAGGUCACCGAAGAGUAUGAUGACGACGAAUGGGAUUGA